AUUCAGCGGGCAGCGUUGGCCAUCAUAGAGAACUACUACAGGGACUUCUCUGUCCACAACCCGGCCCUGCUCACUGCCUCUAAGUCCCGUGCCGCCAAGCACCUGGCCGGCCUCAAGGUCUAUAAUGUGGAUGGUGAGUUCCCAGCAACCGCCGCCACUGGUGAGUGCAUGGAGACUCCCUUGGGAUUAUCUAUACAUUUCUUCUAUAUCUGUUUCAUCUCUCUUAUCUGUCCUUUGGGCUUGAUGUUCGACUCUCUCCUCUCCUUGGUUGCUCUCUAACACCCAGAGGUCUUUAAAGCUAAACUGAAAGCGUACCUUUUGGACAGUAAGUAUAGUAGUCCUCUCACUAAAACCCUGCAUCUCUGACCACUGUCUGGACUCACCGACUAACCCGCCUUUCUUCCACUGGAGCUGCAGUCCCAACCAAUCCCCUUACACUCCACUGUAAUCGGCAUGCCUCAUUGGUUUAGAGACACAGCUGUGAAAUGAUUUAACGCACUUGUGUAGGCCACGCCCAAAGCAUGUGAUGUCACUGUCGACGUUGACCUAGUGACUAUUUAUCGCCUGCUUGUAUUUACUAGUGUGUUCUACAUUUUCACUUUUUGCUCAACAUUUGCUUUGACUGUUUCUGAUAUGGAAUAAUAAUUAGUUGAAUUUGUCAAAUCAGCUCUGGGCAAGAGCGAAAUCUCACAGGAUAUCUGGAGAGGGGGAAAUUAAAUAAAUGCAUUUGUUUGAACAUGUUUUGUUUUGAAGUGAAGAGGCAUCAUGACUACUUCAUGAGUACUCACAAGCAAUCUCAUUAUUUGUAUCUUCUCUGUGCUCCCCAUAAGUGUACCGCCUCUCCACCUCCCUCUUUCUCCCCCCCUCGCUCUCUGCCUCUCUCGCUCUCUGCCUCUCUCUCUCUGCCUCUCUCUCUCUCUCUCUCUGCCUCUCUCUCGCUCUCUGCCUCUCUCUCGCUCUCUCUCUCGCUCUCUGCCUCUCUCGCUCUCUGCCUCUUGCUCUCUUCCUUCCUCUAUUCUUUCUCUGUCUCCCUCCUCCUCCUCCUCCUCCUCCUCUCUCUCCACCCUCCAGUAGUGCUCAGAGAUGAGACAGCCAGCAGUGUUAAAUCAAUAGCUAUACUGCCCACUCUGUCGCUCUCCUCUCAUUCUCCUCAUAGAGGAGCUGGUCUCUGGGGAGUCCCCCUCUCUGUCAUCACAGUAACUGCAGCAGGGACAGUGACAUGGGGAAGUCUGGGAGAGAGACUAUCCUCCCUCCAUUAUCCAUGACUAAGACACAUCACCUAACCACUAAGCAUGGUAGAGGCUGUUAGAACACACACUACAGAUGAGGCAGCAGGAGACAUGGCUUUGCUGAAAUGAAUCAUGAUACUCAUAGACAGUCUCCCUUAAUUCCCAAUGUUUAGCUUUUCAGUACUAUAUUUUAUACGGAAAUACACAUGUAUUCGCCCACAGGGCUCUCGCCUUUACAUCAAGCAAACUGUGUUCUUUUGAUCACCAGUUAAUUCUUCUUCAUGAUAUUAACCCCCAUCAUUACUACUUCAAAAGAAAAAACAUCUCUCUUUUGGGUUGGUACGUUUACAGGUUCAUGACCUGACUGGCAGUGCAAACAUGGCUGCCGUUUCUCAGACUGGAGAAAUAGGGCAUGGAUAUAUAAUAUAAUGAUCCCGUCCCGAACCCCCAGCCUCCCCUACAUUAAUACUGCAGCAGCUCCAGCCGUCUCUUAGCCUCUAUUAACAUGAGCUGCCGCUCUCUUGCAUAUUAAAGCUCUCAUAAUGACAUGCGCCUGACGCUCAACUUUUGAAGUUGGCCCGGGAUGUUUAUUAAGACAGACACUCAGCACCGCCCAAAGACACAGAGAGGCAGAGAACCCGGAAUAACUGAAUGUGAAACAGUGGGCGAGGAAGUUUGAACUUGGAACAUGCAUUUCUAACUAUGCAGAUUUUUUGAUGAUUACAGUGUUCCGUCCUUUAUAAUUUGGGUUUUACUACUAUUCAAAGACACAAAUAAGUGUGUGUUCAGUUGUCACAUUGUUUUUUCAAGUGUCUAUAUAUGUCUGUUUUACGCUAAGUAUAGGGCAUGUUUUUUAGCGUGGUGAUAUCAUGACACUCUGACUUUGCAAUAUUCUGCAUCAGGGAAAAUAAUGAACACCUAUAUUAACUUAACAUCCCUCUGUUGUCUGCCUCCCUAGGCCCUGGGAACAACGCAGCGACCGGAUUGGCCCACUCCCAGUCUCGGGCUAUGAUCGCCGCUGCCGCCCGCCGCCGAGACACCAGUCACAACGAGCUGUACUACGAGGAGGCGGAGCACGAGAGACGCGUCCGCAAACGCAAGGCCCGGUGAGAGACAGGUCUGGGGGUUUUCGGCUGUUUGAUAAAGGAAUGGAAGGACAUAUGGGGAUUGUUCUUGUACAUCUGUGGUAAAGGAGCCGUUUGGACAUGCCAAGCAAACAGAUCAUAAAGUAUGUCUCAUCUCUUUGGUUUUGAUAUUAUAUUACGUUUACAUUUGAGUCACUAAGCAGACGCUCUUAUCCAGAGCAUCUUCUAAAUAGUGCAUUGCAGCGUCAGGUGUUGUGCAGAGCAUGCCGUGCUCCGAUUGCUACUUCACGGGGGUAACACUACAAACCUGUUUCAGCACUUAAAAAAAUACCACAAAUCAAUGCAUGACAGUUGUAUGACCAAAAUGCCGAGCAUCAGUGCGCGAGACAAGCCAAAUACCUCAAGACAGGGAUCACUGACAGAAAUGUUCGAAAGUGUCACUCCGUAUGAACGUAAUUCAAAACGGCACGGAGAAAUCACUCGGACAAUAACCGAGUUCAUAGCCAAAGAUAUGAUGCCUCUCAGUCGCAGAGGCAGAGAUAAACAAUUACCUGAUGACUCCUACCAUUGAUGGAGAAGAUGAUCCAUUGGCUUGGUGGAGGGUGCACAAGAUCAGCUACCCACAGUUGUGCACCAUGGCACGCAAGUAUCUUUGUGUACCUGCUACAAGCGCUCCCUCAGAGCGUCUUUUUAGCACAGGAGGGAAUAUUGUGACUUGCACUCGCUCAUCCUUGAAGCCAGAAAAAGUCAAUAUUCUGGUUUUCUUAGCAAAAAACCUGUGAGCCACUGAGAACAGAACUGUUGGAUAAGUAUGGCUGGCAGUGCCAUACUCGUAGUGAACUUUAGUCUGUGUGGUGUGUUAUUGUUGUGUACUUGAGAUAAGUGAGGCUCAUCUAUUUUAUAUUAUAAUAUUCAAAUCGUUUAUAAAAAAUAGUUUGUCUAAAUUAAAAGUGCAUUUCUCAUUUUUUAUUUAUAACUUUAUUUACUUUGAUUUUACAAAAUAUUUUCAAAGCAAAUUCCUUGUUUCAGUUGUGUGAAAUGUUACUGACUUGGGAGCAGUAAGAUACAUACAAUUUAAAAUUAUUUUUUCUUAAGACUGUACCUUUUGCACACAGUGUUUACAAAGUUCAUGCCUUUGUUUAAAUUAUUUAAAUGCACAGUGGCAAAGCCACAGAUGUUUCUGUAAUGAGCAGUUCAAUAAAAAUGUCAUUUAUUUCAAGUCAUACAUGUUUGAAUUUAAGAUAGCUGGGUGAGACAACCACAUUUCACAGUUGUAGUAAGAACGUCUUCCCUAAAUAAAGUAGUUAUCAGCUAAUUCAGUGCUAGUAGGAAAAUAUGUUUUUAUUUAUAUAUAUUUUUUGAUUAGUUACUCCUAUGCCAUGUCAAAACGUUUUAGAUGUUACCAAAGCCCCUGUAGUAGGAGUAUACACUCCAUCAUCAUUUGUGCUGAACAACCACAUUUCAUGUGCCCUCCCAGGCUGGUGGUGGCGGUAGAGGAGGCCUUCACACACAUCAAGCGCAUGCAGGAGGAGGAGCAGAAGAAAGCCCCCGGCGACGUGAUGGACCCCCGUGAGGCCGCCCAGGCCAUCUUCCCCUCCAUGGCCCGCUCCCUGCAGAAGUACCUCCGCACCACCAGGCAGCAGCACUGCCACAGCAUGGAGAGCAUCCAGCAGCACCUGGCCUUCUGCAUCACCAACAACAUGACGCCCAAGGUGACCAAGUGUUCUGAUCAGUGGAGGCUGGUGGGAGGAGAAAUCGGAGGACGAGCGGAUUGUAAUGGCUGGAAUGGAAUAGUUGUGUGUUCCAUUCAUUCCAUUCCAGCCAUUACAAUGAGCCCGUCCACCAAUUUAAGGUGACAUCAGCCUCCACUGGUUUUGACCAACUCCUUUGAGUGUCACCUUACUUGUAUAGUAGUAACAAAUAAUGAUGUUAUUUGGAAAGUGCUAACUCCUCUCCUCAUAGGCCUUCCUGGAGAGUUACCUGACCCCCGGGCCCACCCUACAGUACGGCCGCGAGCGCUGGCUGGCCCGGCAGUGGACUCUGGUCAGUGAGGCCUCGGUCACCAGCGGCCUCAAGGAGGGUGCCAUCUUCCUCGUCAAGUGCAUAGACUUCAGCCUGGUGGUGACGGCCAAAAGGAUCCCCUACAUCCAGCUUUCAGAGGAGUUCAUCGACCCCAAGUCGCACAAGUUCGUCCUGCGGCUACAGUCAGAGACCUCUGUG